UUUGUACCAAAAAGCCCAAUUAGUACCACUGAACAGUAAACCCUAAUUCUCAAAGCCAUUAAAACAACACCUAGACACUGGUAUCGUGUUUCUUCCUUUGCUCAAUCGAUCUUCAAUUUCGCCGCCGCAAUGGUGAACGUUCCGAAGACGAAGAAGACCUACUGCAAGAGCAAGGAGUGCAAGAAGCAUACCCUGCACAAGGUUACCCAAUACAAGAAGGGUAAAGAUAGCAUUGCUGCUCAGGGGAAGCGUCGUUAUGACCGCAAGCAAUCUGGUUAUGGUGGACAGACCAAGCCUGUUUUCCACAAAAAGGCAAAAACUACCAAGAAGAUUGUGUUGAGGUUGCAGUGUCAGGGCUGCAAACAUGUUUCCCAGCAUGCUAUCAAGAGGUGCAAGCACUUUGAGAUUGGUGGUGACAAGAAGGGAAAAGGAACCUCUCUGUUCUAGGUGUUCAACUACUACCAUUUUGCAGUUUUCCGAUUUGUUUUUCGCCCAUUUUGCUUUCCAUUUGGCUGGCUUUUUAGUCUUGCAGAAAUACUGUGUUUGAGAAAUGUUUUAAAUAUCAAUGGAUGAUUUCUCCUUUUUGUCA